CUUAAGUACCAUCUACCCCUACAUUCCUACCUUACUCACUGGCGCAGGUCUCGUCUGACAACCUGGCUGUCAUCACUCCUUGUUUUGCUGGCUCCCGCAUUCAAACUGGGGCACAGUCACCCGUGUUAUUUGUGUAUGUACAAUCCUCGAGGACGAUUGCUAAUUUUGGAAGGCGUUUACGAACGGUCAAUUCGCUAGCAUCCUAUGCGCAGUACUUUGCCGACGUUGGGCCUGAAGGCCUGACACUAGUAAGAGUUUAUUGGAGCAUACGAGAAUAUUAUAUCAGGUAUUAUGCAAAGUUUUAUUCGCCGCCGCCCAUCCCACCCCCUGGCCGCCAUUUGCGUUGGGUAGCCACGAUGAGAUCCUCCCAUAUACGCCGGAAAUCUGCGACAGUUGGCAUCCAACAAGCGUCUGUUCCGCGCGAUUCAGAGCCUCCCUUUGUCGUUGGUGAUAUAAGCCCGAAUACUUCACCAUCGAGAUCAGAUUUCCGUCUCUCAGCAAUAUCGUGCGCGUCGAGCAUAAACCUUGUCGAGAAGCACAAUGAGGCAAGCAAGGGGCCCUGCAUGUUGAACUUUCCAUCGUUCUCGGAGCUUCCAACGCACCUUCCUCGACCGCGCGGGGACUCGCGAAGUUUGGGUAGUGAAGGCAAGAAACAAGUUACUAUAUGGCAAGGAUGGAGGAUUAUCGUCUUCGGUUCUUGGCUCAACCUUUUACUGUUUCUCAUACCUGUGUCGUCGGUAUUGAGUUCCGUCUUGGGGAAUCAUGAUAAGCUCGUCUUUAUAUUCACUAUCCUCUCCAUGAUUCCCUUGGUGAAGCUUCAUGAUUUAGCUAUGCGAGAAUUGGCUCUACGGGUAGGGGGAGCAAAGACAGGCUUGCUCAAUGCCAGCAUGAGUAACACUGUCGAACUAGUUGUUGCGAUCACUGCGUUGAGGAAGUGCGAAUUGCGCAUUGUGCAAGCAUCACUAAUAGGCUCCGUGCUGAGCAAACUCCUCCUCAUCUUGGGAAUGUGCUUCUUUGCGGGAGGGUUGAAGUUUUCUGAGCAAGGUUUCGAUCAAACUGCGACUCAGAUACACACAUCUUUAUUAAGCAUCAGCGUCGGUGUUCUUCUGCUUCCCGCUGCUUAUCACUUUGCCCUCGAUGACGAUGGGGGUGAAUACACCCUCGCAGCACAAAAGAAACACAUCCUGAACAUGAGCCACGGGGUGUCCAUAGUGCUGAUGUUCAUUUAUGCGGCGUAUCUGGUUUUUCAAUUUUGGUCUCACACCCACCUCUACGAAGACGUCAAGCAGAAGAGCGACCGGCUUUCCACGAAGGUAUCCAUUGGCUCCCGUUUUCUUCCAAGAUCGUGGAGCUCGAACAUUGGUAAAACGUUACGGGCUGGCACGGGUCGCACCGGAAGCAGUGACCGAUCAACAAUGUUUGCAUCAGUGGCUUCGUCCCGAAAGGGCGCCAUACGCGAGUCUUUGCACGGGGAUUCUGCCUUUUACUCCGCCUCUGAAGCAACCCUGACAAGUAACCCCGUUCACAAGCCUGGCGAUAUUACCUCAAUGCAAGCCAACCUCAAUCCUACUAUUCGUCUGGUCCCAGAGUCGUGUGACGGUGACCGCAAUAGGCUAGACCCAGAAAUGGGCUCGACCCUGUCAAGGCUGAAGUUGUCUGGUAACUCGUCUACUAUCAUUAGUGGCACAGGUCGGUGCACGUCUCCAGAACCAAUGAGUGCCCAGGAGACCCGACGAUCUUGUGGUGAUGAUUCCUCUGUGAUAUCCCCUAAAUCGUUCAAGGAACCUCGUUUGAGCUGGACCAUGACCAUCUUAUUGCUGAUACUGGUGACGAUUGCAGUUGCCUUCAACGCAGAUGCCCUAGUCGAAAGUAUGAACGGAAUUUCAGGGGCCAUUAGCAAGCAAUGGAUCGGUCUGAUCUUACUCCCUGCCGUCAGCUCUAUUGCUGAAUGCGUGACGGCGAUGAACGUUUCCGUGAGGGAUCAGCUUAGCCUGAGUAUCAGUGUUGCUGUUAAUUCUACCAUACAAACUACAUUAUUUGUCAUUCCAUUGAUGGUGACGCUAGGAUGGGCGAUUGACAGGCCUCUGGCCUUGCUGUUUGACCCGUUUGAGUCUGUUGUACUCUACAUCGCCGUUCAAACAAUGAGCCACGUCGUCGCCGAUGGGAAAUCCAACUGGCUCGAAGGGACGAUUUUGAUCUGCUUGUAUGUCAUCAUCGCCGUUUCGUUCUGGUAUUACCCCGGUACGGCGCAACCUGUGUGACAUUGCCGACUUUGUAACUAAUGCUGGACCCUUUCAGACCGUGCCAAUCAACUGC